AUGGCCACGGUAGAGAGGCUUUUCUGUCUUUUGGAAGCUCACGGGGCCUGCCCGUCUGUAGAAGGGCUCGAUUGGGCCCGUGAGAACUGGAGUAACUUUCAGAGUGUGAUGGAGCGGAUUGUGGACCUGCAGAAAGAGGCACGGGCCAAGUCGGGAAAGGGCAAAGCUUUCAUCUGUGCAGUUUUGGACGAAGUGGCAGAUCUUAAAGACAGAUUAAGAGAAGAGCAGAAGCGGCAAAAUUGGUUUUUGAAGGAGGAACUGCAGGCAGAGUCAAAACAGACAGAGCCUGCCCCCAUAUACCCUCAGGCAGAACUGGCAGCAGCAAAGGAAGCUGCCAUUCACAUGCGGCCUCUCAUUAAAACCGAAAUGCUAUAUGAAGAUGAGGAGGGUACCCCUACCAUCACAACAAAAGAGAUAUCCGUUUCUUCCACUGAGCUGACCAAACUCCGUAAAGAGUUUACACAUUCUGCUGGAGAGACUGAGAUGAAAUAUGUAUGGCGUGUUUCUAAAACUGGAGAGGAUCAGAUUAGGUUAACAGAGGCUGAAGCCACAGGCUAUUGAGGUGCUAAUGUUUUCCUAACUACAAGAAAUAGGAAUGAUCCCUGGAGCCUUACUCAGCGAGCAGCCUUCUGGGCUGGGGGUUUUGAUUCAAAGGAGAGAGGAGAGCCUCUAGUUCUGAAGGGAGGCAUGAAUCAGAUAAUGGAAAAUGUGCAGAAGGUAGCUUGUUUGCAAAUGUUCUAUGAGCGAGAACUGAAACAUCAUUUUGAAUCGCCCCUUUCUCUCUUGGUGGACCCAAAGCGAAUGACUCCUUUGGUCAGGGGACUUCCUGACCCUCUUAAGAGGAAAGACAUUCAGCUUCAAAAAGAAAUAGCUGACACCCCACUUACCUCCAGAAUGCAAGCUGCUCUGAGGGAGAGCUUAACACCUGGGAGGAGUCAGCCUGAUUCGAAACAGUGGUGA